UCCACGGCAUGUGGGAUCUUCCCGGACCGGGGCAUGAACCCGUGUCCCCUGCAUCGGCAGGCGGACUCUCAACCACUGCGCCACCAGGGAAGCCCGGCACUGAGGAUUUUGACCUACCAGCCCCGAGUUAUUUGCUCACCUCUCUGGCCAGAGAGAUGGGUGACUACGAUUGGGACCUACAUCAUUUGGUCAUGAGGUAGGCGAGGGAAAUUUUCCCAAAGGGAGGUUGUUAUGACCAAAAGAGGGACAGGGAUGCUGAGAAACCUCUGAUGUCUAUUAUGGGGGCACAGAUGAAAAUGGGAAUAAGGCUAUCUUUGCGGAAGGCUUUUUACUGCUGUAUUGUAUUUGUUUUUACUGUCUUAUUACAUUAACUCAUCCUUUUAGGAGCACCGUAUUAAUCUCUAGGUACCGCUGGAUGGAGAUCACUAAAGGGGCCAUGCAAGGCAGACUCUGUCAAAAUGCAUCAGUGCUCUCCCUCUCUCACUUGUGCUUUCACCACAGAGCAGUGAUGUUUUGAGAUAGUGGGAAUCUUUAAUUCUCCGGUGAUGCAAAUGAUAUGUGAAAACAAAAGGAUUCUAAACCCUAAAUAUUGCUCUGAAGACAGAUAAGAAAUAGUAAUCGGUUGAGCAGUUUGCGGUUCAGUAAGGUGAUAUCCAGUUACCCAAGUGGAGCUAACUAUACAGAAGCCAUGGAUACCAGUAAGAAACGCGCGGGAGCGGACCUCGCCGGCACCCGUCAGUCCCUGGACUGGAUCCGAAGAGUUUCAGCAAUACCGUAUCUUGCGCUGGUGCUGACCUCUGUCUCCAUGCAUGGGCUGGCUGUGACAACUCACUAUUCAUGUGCAGAGACCCGAGUUCUUCACGGCGUGCCAGACACAGCUGCUCUCGUUGGAAAAUUAUUCUAUUAUCCAGUUUCUCCAUAUGCCUUCCAAGGGAAAAUAAGUCAGUUUCAGGUUACAGGGGUUCAUAAUGUCAAACUGCCAAGAUAGCUGGAAUAUAAUCCUUCUAUCAAGACCUUGCAAGGACUGCCCUUAGAAGAUGAAGGAAGAGAUUACUAAAUCAUGGUGCUAGUGUCUGGGGAUUUCUGUUUCCAGCAAACACGAACAGCCUCCAUCACCUUUACCCUUCAUGUGCUGGAUAGGGAUGAAGUAAAGGAAGCAAGCUGGAUUCCUUCUCCAAGUGGUAUUAGGGCCCACGGAGGCUCAAAGGAGUUUUCCACCAUCAUAGCUGAAAUUACUCUUAAAGCAGCUGCUGAAACUCUUGGUGUUCAAGACCGUCUCUUUUUGGUACACACACUGGCAGACUAUUUCCACUUGGAUCCUUCUUUGGUGACCAUGAGCACGUUCAGAAGCAAGGUAAACAAGCAUCUCUGGAACCUUCCAGUGUUGGCUGAAGAUCCUAGGCAAGUCAUUCCUUUACAAGGUCACUAUGUACAAUUCCACUGGUCUAUGGAACAUGAUGUUUCUACAGCACUGCCAGAGCUAAUGCAAGUUUUUCAACAGCAUGCUUCCUCUAAGUAUCUUGCCCAAAUUUUAGGAUAUAAGAUUGAAGGUUGGAGAUUACUUCAAAAAUCUCAAAGAAGACCCAGGCAGUUAAGGGCUAUCCCAGUCCCAACAGUAGGGCCAAAUGAAAUGACGAGAAAACCAAACAACCCUUUCUCUGUUUCACUACCCACCUUAGUGACUCCUUGGAUCCCUAAAGAUGAGGCCUCUUCAAUUUCUGGCUUAUUUGCUGCCUUAAGACGGAUCACUCCUAUCCUCCAUCCUGACUUUAUUCCAGGUACUCCAAGGUAUACAAAGAUGACAAGGCCACUGCAUACAGUAGCAUCACAGAAUUCAUUAAAGGAAAUGUCCUUGACAACAAACCUUGAAUAUUCUUUUGCUUUUCCUGAGGUCCUUCCUUCUAUGGUAUUAACAGCUACUUCAUUCACAGAUUCUGACUUCCUUCAGAGUAGAACUUCUACAGUAUCCGUGUUGUUAGAAAAACUAGACUUGACAGAGUGGGAGAUAAGGGGGCACACCCCAAUCCACGGAACAAAAAUACAAAAGCAUCCUGUUUUAUCUGACCUUGUCUCAGAGCCAGUCAGUCAACCUUGGUAUUCACGAGCCUUUCUUGCCUCAUCCAAGUACUCUCAUUUUCCUGGGUCCUCAGUCUCUGAGGAGGUGAUACAGGAUGUGGCCACACCUUCCGAGGGACUAUCUUCAAUGACAACAUUCCUCUGCAGAUGGAGUGGCUCUCACCCAGUCUACCUGGGAAGGUUUGUACAGUCACGUAACCGUCUCCUGAUACCUGCAGCCUCAGCGAGGGAGAUACUGGCAGUCUCGCAUUUUCCCCUUGAGUUCAGCCAGUUGCCCCUGUCAAGCUGGCUGAGGCAGAAGCAUCUUCGUGAGCAUGGUCAUGUGUCUGAGACUCCUGAAGUUUCUCAGUGGAUUCAUUCAUUCCCCACUCCUACAGAGACAGUUUCACCUCUUGGCAUGAGCGUAAAUACCAAAUUUGCAUGGGAUAGUACAUUUGACUCAACUCUUUUGCUGUGGGAAACUGCUCAUUUCUCCAGCAACCAAUCAGAGGAAGACUCAUCAUCUGAUGUGAUUUUGAAAACUCAAUCUUAUUCUAAGGAGACCUCAUCAUUUACUCAUUUACCUGAUUUAUUGGAUUCAUCCCUUUCUGAGCUGCCCAAAUUUGCAAAUGCAUUUGAGUUACCUGAAAGCAUGGGCUCAAGGACUAUAAUGCAUUUUCUUAGUGACUUGUAUUCAGGCAUAGAACAUUUAGCUUUUAGCAAAUUCUCAAGAACUAGCCGAACUUCACCAGGCAACACAAUGUUUAACCUGGAUCCUACUGGAAUGGUGGUAAGUCACCCACAUACCACCCAAAACUUAUUGACAGGAUAUGGGACUAUUUCUGACAUUAACAACAUGCAAGAAUUUCCAGAGACAUCAUUUAGACAAGGUACAACCAGUUUGUCUCUCACUAAAUAUGAACUGCUUCACGCAACAAAGAUUCUGAAGACAUGUGCUCUCCAUCCUGAAUCUCAGAAACCCGAGGACAUGUCACCCCCAGGUCAACCCAACACAUCUCCAACAGUUGUUAAUCCAAUUCAACUGAUAACAGCAACUGUCGGGCACAGACUCCAUUUCCCAAUCCAUCCUGACACAUUUUAUGAUCAGGAAGAUGGCAGCUCAACUCAUUUGACACUUGCAAUAAAAUCAGUAGAUGAAUAUCCUUCAGGCUCAGAAAGCUGGCUGCAAUUUAAUUUGACUCAUCAAAUACUAUACGGUUAUCCCCUAGAACUGGAUUUUCAGUAUUCCCCUCAGGAAUUUAUUCUUCGUGCCACAGAUUCUGGGGGCCUGGCUGCUCAGAUGCUUUUCACCAUUGAACUGAAGCUGCCCAGAAGUACACCCUGCCACACUUACACUCUGCGCACUAAAAACAGUUUCUACUCAUUUAUCAAGAAGAGAGAGAGGAUUAGUUUGUUUCUUGCUAAACUCACUGACUAUCUAAACUCCAGUAGCCCUGAACAAAUUGUAUUAACCACCCUGAGACCAGGGUCUACUAUUAUAUCCUGGUAUAACAGAACCUUAUGUGAAGUCAACGGCAGUUCUCUGAAAAGGUGUCCUAACAGAAAAAUUCAGGAAGUGAUGUUUAAACUAAGAAGGCCUGAUGGGAAUGUCCAUCCAGAUUUUGCAUAUGCUAUGUCACCGGAAUACAAAAUUGGCACAAUUGAGAACAUCACAUAUGGUGGAAUCUGCCUUAUUCUGGAGCCAGAUAAUGGGUCGUUAAUUGAAAACAGCGUUCUUGCCUCAUCUAACAUAGAAAAUACCCACUGGAUUAGAAAUCUUAUUUUGGCUUUGUUGGUAAGUAUGUGUAUACUGAUUGUGGCAAUAGCAGCAAGUGUAACUUACCAUUUCUAUAGGAACUAUAAGACUUUUCUUAUUCCUCAGUCCCUGGUGUUUCAAGGGAGAACCUUAAUAAGUAAUUCAGACCAAGAAAUGUACGUGCUAAGGCCGAGAAAGCCCCCUAUCCUGGAGUGCGAAGUUCCACCCUCAGCUGGAUUAUGGAGAGGGACACCAUUGUCUUCUCAACAUCAACCUUACAGAGAAAACGUGACCUCUGCCACAGACACAAGAGUAGUCAAUCUUCCAGCCUUCAAAACGUCAACUCCCAUUCCAUGAUGAAAUGGAUCUCACUAGCCAGAGGAGAAGUGAGUAAUACUAUCAGAAAUCCAAAUGUAUCAACAACUGUAUGAGAAACAGGGAUAACUGAUCUAGAAAGCAGGUAAAAUAAACAAUUGCUGAGUCAAAUUGUAAAAAGAUAAGCAAUAAAUAAUUCAUCCUCCAUGUUAACUGUAUUAACAUACUACCAAUUAAUUCUAAUCACUUAUUUCUCCUUAGAAUCCUGAUGGUCAAUUAUAAGUUUAUGUCACCCAGACCACCGCUACCAUAAACAAAUCAUGUAAUGAAUCAUCCAUUAUGGAAAGAAAUUGCAUCACUGGCAACAGCAUAUCCAAAUGUGAAAAAUGCUGUAAACUGCCGGCCCAAGAUACUCAUCACAACCUUCAGUAUGAAGGCAUAAAUAAUAUAACGAUAAAUAAUAAAUUCUGCAAUAGUUUAAGGUUUGACUGUGUAUAGGAAAGAAUGAUUAAAUGUUUACCUCUC